UUAGAGUAUAUAGUAUAUAUAUUUUUUGCACAUAGAUUUACCUAGCAGGCUAAGUGAAAUUCCCAUUUCAAUAGGCAGGCUUGAGGGACGAGUAUACAAUUUUUAAUUGUAACCAAAUAUGCAAAUUGUAAAGUUUAAUACAUAAGUCGUCUUAUUUAGCGCUAAGUUGAAACACAUAAAAAUAAUAACAGUAAUUAACCCACAAUAAAUGAAAUUAGAAACACAUAUUUUAGAUGUACGUCAGAAUUAAAUGUAAAAACAAAACCAAAUAAAUAAAUACAAGUCAAACUGAAAAUAUGUGUGUGAAAUUGAAUUGGCUAGAGUAGUGUGGCGCUAGUGUUGAGAAUUUUUCAUUAAAGUUGGCAGCACCGAGUUGUCGCUCCAGUUGCGACUCUGUGGCAAGUGUCAAAAUUAAGUCAAAACUGCAAGAAAUGCGCUAAGCGCUAAGAAAACACUAAAGGCAUGUAAAUGCGAGCAACGCGAUACAAAUUAUUCCACAGCGAUUUAUAUGUCAGCCUGGAAGCGUUCGGAGCCCAAACAGCGCUCAGUCAAGGCAAACCGAUCAACUCGUAGCACAUUAACUAGACGCAGAUAGCGACAGCAACAACUAAAAUAAAAAAAAGUCUAAAACGUGUUGAAUAAAUAUUCACUACAUUCACCGACGACUUGCAACAUGGAGCGCAAUGCUGUGCCACGUGGCAAGCGCCCACGCGUUCAAGUGUCCAUGGAUGACAAGGAGCGCGCUAUACAACGCAUACGCAAUGGUGAAACCAAAGCGGGCAUUUCACGCGAGCUGGGCGUGCCCGAGUCCACAGUGCGCGGCUGGGUGAAGCGCGCGGAUCAGCGCAUAGCACGCGAAGCAGCCAAAGAAAGCAGCACAGAGCUUGCCACAGCAGUCGAAGUGGCUGCGCCGCUGCCGCCACCGCAACUGCCAGUGCAACUGCCUAGCAAGCGUGAUCACAAUGGUCAGUCGGUGGUGCUGCUGCCCUCGUGUCCUGUGCCCGCGCAGGUGCCACUCCCGCUGCCCAUGCAGCUCUUUCAACAAGCCGCCGACAGCGAUCUGCAGCUCAAUGGCUGGCUGCACAUAUUCAAUGCUGGCAUAUUAAACUUUACGCUGAUUGCCACCGCUGCGUAUUUGCGUGCUUGUGUGCGUGGCAACACGGAUCAGCAGUCGCUCUGGCAGAUCAUCUGCGAGUAUGUGGACGAGGCGGGACGCAAUGUGGCAGCCAAUGGUGGCAGAUAUGUGGCUGCGGCGCUUAGCUCGCCGGCGCCAGCUACGCGCAACGGCGGCGGCGGCUUUGUGGCGCCACGGCUGCAUAUUACAGCAGAGGAUGAUGAAGAUGAGCACGACGCACAGCAACAGCAGCAGCAGCAGCAACAGGGUCAGGGGGAGUUGCCACAGCGUGCGGCAUGAUAACCAAUCGAUUUAUGUAGUUGCAUGCCAAAUAAAACGCCUGUCAAUGGGAUUAUGUUGUU